AAAUUGACAGUGGUGUGUUGUUGUGGACCUGUGCGAAGAGUGCUUAGCGCACUAUUAGACAUAUGGGACCCAUCAUCAUCACUCCCUCCACCACCUAAACUAACUCUCCCUCCUUUUUCUUUCCUGUCCUAUGCUAAUGCUAUACACUUUCUCCUCCUUCAAUACCUAUCUCUGUGAAACCUGAAAACUUACUUACAAAUCUUUAAGGCCUUCUCUUGAAUUUCGAAAAUAUCCUACUUGUCUCUCUUUCCUUAAUUUUCUUGUUUCUUGAGUAAUAUGGAAGCUGGUCUUGCUUUGCUUGGUACUGGUGGUGGGGGUGGUGGUGGUAGUGGUUCUUCUGGGGUUUCAACAAAUGAGUCUGCUGUGUCAAAGGUGGAGGUGGUGGUGGAUGCUGAGGGUAGUUCAUAUCCAGUUGAGGCUGAGCUAGAGUUGGGUUUAGGACUGAGUAUUGGUGGCAGUGGUGGUGGUGGUGGUGGUGGUGGAGGGAAGGGUAAGGCAAAUGCAUGGGGCGAGUGUGGGAGAAUCUUGACUGCUAAAGAUUUUCCUUCCGUUGUAUCUCAGCCAAUUAGAUGCAAUAAUAAUAGCAAUAAAGGUACAGCUACCGCUUGUGUUGCUGGUGCUGUUUCUGGAACUAAGAGAGCUGCUGACUCUGUUUCACACGAGGGUGGAUCCCCUACUGCUGCCAGUCAGAUUGUGGGGUGGCCACCUGUAAGAACUUAUAGGAUUAAUAGCUUGGUGAACCAAGCCAAGGCUUCAAGAUCUGAAGAAGAUAAGUCAGUGGUUGAACAAGACAAAUCGAAGGAUGCUUCGAAGAAGAUUUGCAAUGGUAGCAAGACUAAUGCUACUAACAAUGAGAAAGGGCACCUUGGAUUUGUCAAAGUGAAUAUGGAUGGGAUUCCAAUUGGAAGGAAGGUUGAUUUGAAUGCUCAUGCUUCCUACGAGACACUUGCACAGACGUUGGAGGAUAUGUUUUUCCGGUCCACGCCGUCCAUCAAUUCAACUGGAGGUGAGAAGCAACAAUCGACAAAGCCGUCUAAGCUUUUGGAUGGCUCAUCUGAGUUUGUGCUCACUUAUGAAGAUAAAGAAGGGGACUGGAUGCUUGUUGGAGAUGUUCCAUGGGGGAUGUUCCUUACCUCAGUUAAAAGGCUCCGAAUCAUGAGAACAUCUGAAGCUAAUGGACUCGCCCCAAGAUUCCAAGAAAGGACUGGAAGACAAAGAAGAAAGCCCAUUUAGGAUAUAUCACUGCUGUCCUCUCAAUUUAAACUCCAGAAAGAUGAAACUCACAGUUUGAAAACAAAGACAAAGUAGAAAAAAAAAAAAAAUUGAUCGAGUCAGAAUGGUCUGUUAAGAUUGCAAUUUCUCACUGGUUUCUAGUUUUUUCUUCUUUUUUUUUCCGCUUGACCAUUAUCUGGUUGUUGCGGGUUUUUCUAUAUUUUUGUAGGCGAUUUUCAUUUUAGUUUUCUUUCUCUCAUAUAUUGUGCAGCCAUACAGGCUUUUGCACAUUUGACUGCUGCUUUCUCAUACUGUAAAUAUGGGAGUAGUUGAUAUUUAGAGUGGAGCUUGCUGCAAUCUAGUGAACUCAAUUUUAAAGGUUUUGUGUGGUUUUGAUGUUUGAA